UGUACUGUAGCUAGGUGGCGGUGUGCGCCAUAAAGUUGUUUGCUAUUCGUCAGUUUUCCGAGAGAAGAAGAAAACAGGCAGGCAAACCAGCAGCAACAGCCGCAGCAGAGAGAUCCAUAGUUCUCCAAGGAUUUUCGCAGUAAAUUAUCAAAACGUCGUACGCAAUGAGAGGAGACCGCGGCAGGGGCCGGGGAGGCCGCUUCGGAUCCCGCGGAGGACUGGUCCAGGGGUACCGUCCAUUUGUCCCACACAUCCCAUUUGAUUUUUACGUGUGUGAGAUGGCCUUUCCCAGAGUGAAGCCUGCACCUGACGAGACAGCUUUUAGUGAGUGUCUGCUGAAAAGGAACCAGGAUCUGAGCCCCACCCCUGCAGAGCAGUCCUCCAUCUUGUCCUUGGUCACAAAGAUCAACAAUGUCAUUGACAACCUGAUCGUUGCACCAGGCAACUUUGAAGUGCAAAUUGAAGAGGUGCGUCAGGUGGGCUCUUACAAGAAGGGAACCAUGACGACGGGACACAAUGUGGCUGACCUAGUUGUAAUCCUCAAGAUCCUCCCUACACUGGAGGCAGUUGCUGCUCUCGGGAACAAAGUAGUGGAGACCCUUCGCACACAGGACCCUACUGAAGUGCUGUCCAUGCUGACCAAUGAGACAGGCUUUGAGAUCAGUUCAGCUGAUGCUACUGUCAAGAUCCUCAUCACCACUGUCCCUCCCAACCUGCGCAAGCUGGACCCGGAGCUGCACUUGGACAUCAAGGUGCUGCAGAGUGCCCUCGCUGCCAUCCGCCACGCACGCUGGUUUGAGGAGAACGCCUCUCAGUCAACGGUCAAGGUGCUGAUUCGCUUGCUGAAGGACCUGAGGCUGCGCUUCCCUGGUUUUGAACCCCUCACUCCUUGGAUCCUGGACCUGCUGGGCCACUCUGCGGUGAUGAACAACCCGUCCAGGCAGCCCCUGUCCCUGAACGUAGCCUAUAGGCGCUGCCUGCAAAUGCUGGCUGCUGGUCUCUUUCUUCCUGGCUCUGUUGGCAUCACUGACCCCUGUGAGAGUGGAAACUUCAGAGUGCACACAGUCAUGACUCUGGAACAACAGGACAUGGUGUGUUUCACAGCUCAGACACUGGUGAGGGUGCUCUCUCAUGGAGGGUACAGGAAGGUCCUUGGCCUCGAGGGAGAUGCCAGCUACCUGGCAACAGAGAUGUCUACAUGGGACGGUGUGAUUGUCACUCCGUCAGAGAAGGCCUAUGAGAAACCUCCAGAGAGGAAGGAGGAGGAAGAUGAAGCCUUGGAGGAGGGAGGAGAUGGAGAGGAUGAGAGCAUGGAGACUCAAGAGUAAAGUCAAUAUGCUUACCAACAAGCCUGUUGAGGAACUCCUUUCACCUGGGUCAUGGUGUGUACUUCUGAUGUAACCUGGACACAAACACCAGCAGGAAAAAUGGUCCUCCUUCAUUUGUCAGUUUUUACUGUUUUUACUUUCCUUGUUGUAACAUCCUGAAUUAAAAACUUUUUUUUA